AGGGAGGAAACGACCAAAACCGACCGCUUCAUAAAAAUUUGAUCAUCAAAACCGCGUUGGAUCACGAGAAAGUCUACAGCCUCACUGAGAAAUUCUCUCCGUUUUCCUUUCCCUCGGCGACGACGUCGGCGAAACUUGCAGAUAAUGUCUCGUCCACACACAGAUUCAUGUCCUUCUGUGAAAAACAUCCUUCUUCUUGAUUCUGAGGGGAAACGUGUGGCUGUUAAAUAUUACUCAGAUGACUGGCCAACAAAUAGUGCAAAGGAGGCGUUUGAGAAAGCUAUAUUCAACAAGACUCAAAAAACCAAUGCCCGCACAGAAUCGGAAAUAGCAAUCUUUGAGAAUAACAUUGUGGUUUACAAGUUUGCCCAAGACCUUCACUUUUUUGUUAGUGGGGGUGAAGAUGAAAAUGAAAUUAUCCUGGCCACAGUUCUUCAGGGUUUUUAUGAUGCCGUUGGUCUUCUGCUAAGAGGCAGGGUGGAAAAGAGUGAAGCUCUUGAGAACUUGGAUCUCAUUCUAUUAUGUAUUGAUGAAAUUGCUGAUGGCGGUAUAAUACUGGAAACUGAUCCGGAUGUUAUAGCUGAAAAAGUUGCAAAUACUAGUCUAGAUUCUAGCGUUUCUUUGUCUGAACAGACAAUAAGCCAAGCAUUGGCUACAGCUAGGGAACAUUUCACCAGAUCUCUUCUUAAAUGAUCCCUAUGCUGUUUGACAAAGGAUGAGAAGUCUCUUGCGCAAAGUCCUAUUAUGCUGUUUUCUGCAGCCCAGUGUUUCGUUGGUGCGUUAAGGAUGGAUCCUUGAGAUUUGACAAAAUUAUCAGUUCUUACCUUCUUUUUUACUGUCAACUUGUAAAUUCUAUCGGUUAGUAUUCAGGGCUUUAGUUGUCUGGAAACAAAUGGUGAGAUGCAAAUCAAAUAAUAAUAUCUGAUAAAAGGAUUUUCAUCAAA